UGCCGUCCUGAGCUGAUCAACACGCUCAGAGCUAGCUACCAUACAGGCCAUCAGGAGCCAGGAGGAAGAAACAACCAGCGCAUAUAUCCCCCUCUUCCCGGCCAGCUGAGCUACUUGAGCCACCGUUGGACCAACUCGCCUCAAGAAGACUGAGCACCGCCGCCGCCCGGAUCUCUUGUUCAUCGCCCUCUCCGCUCUUGGACUCGCUCGCCGCCGCCGCCGCCAUCCAUGGCUAAGCAGCAGAAGAACGCGCACGUCCCGAAGUUCGGCAACUGGGACAACGACGGCAACGUGCCCUACACGCUCUACUUCGACAACGCGCGCAAGGGCAAGGGCGGCAAGCCCAUGAACCCCAACGACCCCGUCGAGAACCCUGAGGCCUUCUCCUCCUCCGUCGUCGCGCCGUCGCCGAACCGCUCCUUCGACCAGGCCAGGCCGGCGCCGGCACUCCCUCCCGCUUCCCCGCCUCCCGCUCACCACCACGAGCGCCGGCCCAGCGACGGGCCCGCGCCCGCUCCGCCGCUGUCCCCGUACCACCGCAACGCCGGUGGCGAGCCGCCGAGAAGAGGCGCAGGCGGCGGACGGGCAGGCGGGUACAGCGUGGAGCAGUCGCCGGCACCGUCGCCGCUGCACCCGUACGGCCAGUCAAAGGCCGAGCACUCCGACGGCAGCAGCUACGGCCUCGUGGCCAACGCCAACUCCGUCGACCGGUCCCGUGCCAGGGCCGCCUCCCGCGGCAACGAAACGCCGACGAGGGGGUCGGCGGUGCCCAAGUUCGGGGACUGGGACUCCAACCCGGCGUCGGCGGACGGCUACACGCACAUCUUCAACAAGGUGAGGGAGGAGAAGAGCACCCAGGCCAAGGCGCCGGGGUUCGGCAAGGACAACGUCGCCUAUGGCAAAGGCGCCAGGCAGCACGACGACGGCUACGUCUCCUCGAGUCGCUGGUGCUUUGGGUGGUGCAAGUAGGAAAGGUUCGACGGAUGAUGGAGCAAAGUAAGCAGGGAUCUUUGGGAAUGUAAAUUGUGUGGAAUUAAGAAGGUUUUUGCCAUUGAUUCAACUUCGAACUUGUGUAAUCCCAUUUCUUGGGACAUUAUUUGGCAUUGGGCACUGAGCAGAGUUCAUAUUCUUUUGAUUGUCAGUAUACUAUUUCUUUCUGAUGUGGAAUGUAGAGGUCAGCCAUGGUUGUUGAAAUGCUAGAAUUUUCUUACCGGGCUUGUAGUUCAA